AUGGCGGUUGGAGACAACGAUGAACCACAGAGGCCCGAUCCGUUGGCUUCUAGUGGUACCCCUACUGGUGCAAAUAGCCGGCAAACAAGAAAUGUCACAGUCACAAUACAAUAUGCUGUUUUAAAUGGGGGUAGACAGAAUGGUGGUGAUGACAACGAUGAGACGGUAAGCAGAGUCCCGUUUGUGUUGAAUUUUACGGAUGUUCCGCCAUCUGCUACGCAAGAGCGGUUGGAACAGGUGGUAGCCUUAGCCUCUAAUUUGGCUAUCAACAGGCUACAUACUAGGUUUAAUCGUCCUAAAGGUAUUACUAAAGAGGCAUUUGAAAAAUUGCCAGUAUUGGGCUUGGACAAAGUGCCGCAAGAAACAUGUAGUAUCUGCUACGAUUCUUUUGAAGAAGAAGUGCUCCGGGAAGAAGAGAGCAGAGAAAGCAGGAAGAGAACUUUGGACUCGGAAGGAGAUAUUUCCCUUGACGCCACAAAACGACAGAGGACGCCAUCUGAAGCACCGUCACAGCCGUCUUACGUAGAGCGAGAUCAUCAAGAAGGAACCUCUCAAAACUCGAAUCACUCGGAUUCUGAUGUCAAAAACGUACCAUCUGUGAAAUACAAGCAUUCUCCCGUUCAACUUCCUUGUGGUCAUAUAUUCGGACGGGAUUGCAUAAGAGAAUGGACUCUGGAGCACAAUACAUGUCCAGUUUGCAGAAGACCUAUUGUCGAUGCUUCGGGCCUUAACAGUCCUCCGCCUAAUGAAGACGAAGACAGCUUUCUCGAUCAACAAACCCUUGAAAGGAUCAGAUUGCUUCUGUAUGGUCCAUUGGCCACGGGUGCAAACGACACAAAUCGUCCUGGACAUGAUCCAGCGCCUCCAGCGCAAAGUCCACUAUCAGCUGCGGAGGGAGCUGGGACGAAUUUCUCACCAAGAGCAGAGCCUAUGAACGCUUUGGCUAAUUUCAUUGUUUUCAGACCAAAUCGCAGUCCUACCACUAAUGACAUGGAGACAAAUCAUGGUUCGCCACAGGCUCCUCCUAUACCAAAUGGAACUUCUGCACCAGCAAACGCCGGUCGGAGUCCACCUCUGAUUCUCAACGGUGCAAGACCAGGCGGAAUAGGAUUGAUGCCUAUAACCUUCAUUCACUUACGUGGGAGAUCUCCCACGCGGCCACAAAAUGCACCAGAGGAGGCAAUGUCCGUUACAAGUGGCUCUACAGAUACUGGGGUGCCUCAUCCUGAUAACGCAGCUUCUCAAGUUCCUCCGAUCACCACUGACACAUCUCCAGAAACGAACAGCUUCAUUUCAUCAUUGAAUCAUAUCUUCAAUAUGAACAACAACGAAAGUGCGACACCAUCCACUGAACCACAAAGAGACACAACAGCUGAGUCUGCUUCCAGUACUAAUAACGACCGAAACGAAGUGGAGCCACACAACGCCCAGCCAAGCGGGAACACCACCACCACCACCACCACCACCGCCGGAGGCCAGGGUCCAGAGCGUCGUCGAGGUUUCAAUCUUAAUAGUCUUUUGGGACUCGCUCGAAAUUUUAGUACUUUCAAUCAUCGCAGGAAUGAUUCGGAUCAACUUUUCAGUACUGGUGUGGCUAGCCGGAGAACUCCAGACGGUGUCUCCACCGUAAACUUCAACGGCCAGAUGCCUAAUCCAGAAUCUCAAGAGCAGGGGCAGGGACAGGAGUCAUCCCACCAACAGCACGAUGAUGUACAAGACUCACCUGCUUCCCACCGAGCAGAGAACUCUUCAAGAUGA